CACGCAUGGUCCAACUCCCAGUUGCAAGCCGCUCGUCAUGAAUGUCAAAUGUCCAGAUGGAGGGGUAGCGCAGCUGGCUUCCUUCAAACUUUCGCCCGCAAUAUCCCUUCCAUACCCACACCGCAAAUCCGCACUCAUUACGCUGGAACAAGCUGCUCUGUCUUGCCGUUCAUGUUUGGCAUCGCAUCGUAGCAUCUGCAGAAGAUGUCAUCCUCCAACGGUCCCCCAGCAUAUCAAGAUGCGCCUCCGAGUAACGGCCUGCCUCCAGGCCUGGUAGAACAGGCCGCUCUCGCCAUGGACACAGCAAAUGCAGACCAAGCGAAUCGCGAAACAAAUCAACGCCAGAGUGAGGCUUUAGAUCAGCCAAAGCCUGAAGGUUCGACCUACGCGGGCUCAUACCGUCCAGGAGCAGAAGGCCUAGCAGGCGUCAACAUCGCCGUGCCAAAUGCUGUUCCCAAUGGCGAGACACACAACCCCGACGACGUGCCUCCACCUGCGUACAGCGAGACCUACGGACAUAUAGUGGACGAUAAUAAUGAAAUUGGCACGAAUGCGACGGUAGCUGCUGAUGGUCGAGUCAACAUCCGCAUCAAUCAGAAGUCUCGAAGACUCUCCCAGCUCCUGGUCCCGACCCUUCAUAGCCUCGCCCAGGCCGAUGCAGGACCUCUGCUACCUCCUCCCUACAUUCCCGAAUCGCUCGGUGGAGCGCCUGGUCAAGAACCACCUCCGCCGCUGAAUGUCGUCAUACAUGUCGUUGGAUCUCGUGGAGAUGUGCAGCCAUUUGUUGCGUUGGGAAAAGUCCUCAAGGAAACCUAUAACCACCGAGUGAGGCUGGCUACACAUCCUACGUUCAAAGACUUUGUCACGGAGAAUGGCUUGGAGUUCUUCAAUAUCGGAGGAGAUCCAGCAGAACUCAUGGCUUUCAUGGUCAAGAAUCCAGGAUUGAUGCCAGGCUUCGACACGCUUCGUAGCGGUGACAUCGGAAAGCGGAGAAAGGGUAUAGCUGACAUCAUCAAGGGGUGCUGGAGAUCUUGCAUUGAAACCGGGGAUGGAUUUGGUGUAGAAUCGGUGAAGCAGACAGUUGAGGAGUGGAUGGGCGUUGACGAGUCGGAAGAAGCCCAACAUCGACCCUUUGUGGCCGAUGCAAUAAUUGCGAAUCCUCCCAGCUUUGCCCAUGUGCAUUGUGCCGAGAAAUUGGGUGUACCUCUACACAUGAUGUUUACAAUGCCCUGGUCUCCAACACAAGCUUUCCCACAUCCUCUAGCCAAUAUUCAGUCUUCGAACGCCGAUGCUAGUCUCAGUAACUUCAUGUCGUACACCUUGGUUGAUAUGAUGACUUGGCAAGGCCUUGGAGAUCUCAUCAACCGAUUUAGAAAGGAAAGUCUGGGCCUUGAGCCCGUUAGUCUCAUGUGGGCACCUGGCAUGCUGGCACGUCUCAAAAUCCCAUACACAUAUUGCUGGUCACCAGCACUGAUCCCGAAACCAAGGGACUGGGGAAACCACAUUUCAAUAUCUGGUUUCUUCUUCCUUUCCUUGGCAUCAAACUACCACCCAGAGCCGGAUUUAGCUGCCUUCCUUGCAGCUGGACCAGCGCCCGUAUACAUUGGUUUCGGCUCUAUUGUAGUCGACGAUCCAAAUGCAAUGACCAAGCUUAUCUUUGACGCUGUCAAGAAGACGGGGCAGCGGGCUCUAGUCUCCAAAGGAUGGGGCGGCCUGGGAGCCGAUGAACUUGGGAUCCCAGAAGGCGUUUUCAUGCUUGGAAAUGUUCCCCACGACUGGCUCUUUCAGCAUGUAUCGUGCGUUGUCCAUCAUGGUGGAGCUGGUACUACAGCUGCCGGAAUAGCCUGUGGGAAACCUACUGUGGUGGUCCCUUUCUUUGGCGAUCAACCGUUCUGGGGUGCCAUGGUCGCGAAAGCAGGUGCCGGGCCUAUUCCAACGCCUUACAAGGAACUGACUGCGGACAAACUCGCCGAGAAUAUCAAGGAAGCUUUGAAGCCAACGUCUCUUGAGAGGGCCAAGGAACUCUCGCAAAAAAUCAGUAAAGAGAAGGGAAGCGACACGGGAGCUCAGUCUUUCCAUCAAAUGCUGAAGGUCGACGAGUUACGAUGUGCCGUGUGGCCCCAAAAAGCAGCUGUCUGGAGGGUCAAACGGACUUCAGUUCGCCUGAGUGCAAUGACUGCGACUGUCUUAGCCCAAGAAGGAGAGUUGAAUUUUGGGGAAUUGAAACUGUAUCGACCUCGUGAGUACGAGACUGAUGACGGCCCUUGGGACCCCAUUACUGGGGGAGCUACGGCAAUCAUCGGAACUGCAUCGACAAUGAUGAUGGGAGUCGCAGAUUUCCCUACCGAAACUCUUAAGCUACUCAACAUCUAUCCUGAUGCCAGGAAGAAGACUAAGAAUACUGAAUCAGAAGGCACAUCUAGCAACGGAGCUUCCAUUAAUGGCGCCAGCACCAUUCGUUCGGGUCGAUCGACUACCUCUCGAACGGACUCCAUUAGGUCCGAGUCGAGCAGUACAACAGCACUUCCAGGAUCAGACACUCCUCUCGCUGAAGCUAGCGCACAAGAUCUCCCAACACCAACAUCUCCCAACAGGUCUGGUGCUAUGAGUCCCGUUUCUCGCAAUCGAUUUAUGAAGGAGGCCAUGCGGACCCAGACUCAGGUAUCGCGACCAAGUUCCCCUAUUCGAUCUUGGUGUCCCAUCUGCCGGAAAGGAUCUUGCAACCACACCCGUCAUCAACGUUCAACGUCUCAGUCGGAGCCGGAGUCCGACACAUCCAAGCCAGGAAGCCUGUGGGACCAGAAUAGCUCCAAAUUUAUAACUCCAGAGAGUGCUAUAAAUACGGGGAAGGGAAUCACUCGCAUACUUGGCGCAGGUUUCAAAUCGCCUAUGGAUUUCUCCAUGAAUGUAGCCAAAGGCUUCCACAAUGCGCCUAGACUGUACGGCCAGGAAGUGCGAAAGGUCGACAAAGUUACAGAUCUCCAAAGUGGUCUAAGGACUGCUGCAAAGGAAUUCGGCAUUGGAUUCUACGAGGGCAUGGCCGGCCUCGUUAAAGAUCCUUACCAAGGGGCGAAGAAGGAGGGUGGAGCUGGUUUUAUCAAAGGUGUCGGCAGAGGCAUAGCAGGAGUUCCUCUCAAGGUCAUGGCAGGUGUCUGGGCAGUACCCGGGUACACCUUUAAAGGCAUCUAUCAAGAACUGCAGAAGGAGAAGGGUGCCACGGUGCAGAACUACAUCAUCGCCGCGCGAAUGGCUCAAGGAUACGACGAAGCGGCCUUGAUCAGUGCCAAAGAGCGCGCGGAUAUCCUCGCUCGAUGGCGGUGCAUCAAAGUCAACGUGAAGCGCAAGAAGAACCCCGGCGAAGAGCAACUAGAGUCGCUCCAAGCGAUGCUCAAGGAACAACGAGAGAAGCGACACGCGCGGUGGGAGCACGCACGCAACGUUCAUCUCAAUAGGAAGAAGCACGGGAAUCCAUACCUAGCCACUAGUAGCGACGCUAGUUCGAUAUCUGAUCUCUCUUUGGUUACAUCGCACGAGAGCAUUCCGGGCGUCUCUCGCGCGUCCACCGAGAUGGCUCGCGGUGGCUUAGGCUCCUCUCAGCCACUCACCUACACAAGCACCUUCCCGCAACCCCACACCCUUCACGACCCCCAAGACGCUGCAGAUGCUGCCGACCUCGAAGAGGCCAUCCGUCUCUCCGUCGCGGAAACCUCGCAAGGCAACCCUGAAGAGGACGCCCUCCUCGAGCGCGCCAUCCGCGCCUCGGCCGCGGAGCUCCAACGGCCCCCAAUCGACGGCGAAGACGAAGAAGCCACCCUGCAACGCGCCAUGACCGCCUCCAUAAAUGAAGCUUCUGCCAGCGGCGCGACUGAGGAGGAGCAGCGCGUGCUAGCGGAAGUGCUGCGGAAGAGCUUGUCUGAGACGCGCAGACUGCCGGGCUCGGACAGCGAGUGGGAUUCUGAGGUCCUAAGCGAAGACGAGGAGGACGUGAGGAGAGCGGUUGACCAGUCCAAGGCGGCGGCGGAUGCGGUUGCGGGGGCGGAGGGGAAAGAGGAGGGCUAUCCGGAUGACGAUGAAUCACUCAGGAAGGCAUUGGAGGCUAGCAGGCUAGAGGACGAGAGGCAGAAGAGUACGCUGGAGAAGCAGAGGACGGAGGAGGAGAUUGUGCUGGAGUAUGUCAAGAAGCAGAGUUUGGCGGAGGAGGAGCAUAGGCUGAAGAUGCUAGGGCGGAAGGAUGGGGAUGAGAUUAAGGGGGAGAGCUUGGGAUCGGGGGCUGGAGCUAGCGGUGCUUGAGUCUUGGAGCUUUGAGAUUUGGACCGGCGGUCGUGAUAUUUGCAACGGUCGCACGGCUUGGUACAUAGACUGUAAGGUUACGUGCGCUGAUACCCACACAUAUUUUUAAGAUCAAGGUCUUGCC